AUGGGAUUUGGGGCCCGCGAUUCCUUACAACGACCUGGGAAAGCGCGGACCAAAUCCAGCGGAGUCUUAUCUUUUCAACUUCGGAAAUCCUUACGGAAUCGAGAAAUCCCACCUUACGAGGUGGUGAGGGAGUAUAUGAACACGAGUAAACAUCUUGCUGAUUUCAUUGCAAAACCAUUGCCAAAUGAUCAAUUUUACAUGGAAGUUG